UAUCAUUGCUGUUAUCAUCUUAGUGACAAAAUUAGUUAUAGAGAACAAGAAAUCUCCCACAUUCCAAUUCAACCUGACAAUGAUAUUCAAUGAUUCAACUUCAUUUCCUGAAUACCUGGGAAUUGACAUCUGCUGCUAGCUGCUGCAUACUCAGAAACUCCAUGGAAUUAAUUUAACAGGAGGGUUAAUAUUUAAUUAAUGGACUAAUUAAUUAAGUUGGUAGAAGAAAUGGUAUCUAAAGUUAUUUAAGUAGAUUCUCAUCCAAAGAUUAUCGUACACAGCAAAUUGUGUCGUCUAUGAAAUACAGAUUCAAUGUACAUUCAUCAGCAAGGUCGAAUUAGGUUAUAAUAUAAUAUAGACACAUAGCGUGAAAUGAGCAUGAACCCUUGUCGGAACCCUAAAAGAGGACAACCUAAGGAAAGAUAGUUUAUGAAAGAAUUAUUAUUCCUCAGUCAUACAAAAGAACAAAAUUUCACCAAAUUUGUGCACUCAAAUUCUUCCAUAUCCAUUUUCUCAUUGAUUCCCGAGUGGCAUGCAUAUGUGUAGCAAGAAGCCAAUAAUCUUCCUUUGCUCUCUAACUUGGAAGUUUCUCUAAGACGUUUGAUUGGUUAUUAAUAGCUAAAAUUCCCAAGUUUAGGUCACGGCGUCACGCUCUUUUUCAUUUUCUGGUUUUAUCCUUUUCAAUUUCAUAACAUCAUUAUUAUUAAACAUGUAAAUCGGUGCACACAAAUGAAAGAUACCUAUAAAUCAAAACACAUUCAUGUGAUAUAAACAAUUUGACUAUUCAAAAUAGAUAAUUAUUAAUCUAGACAGUACAUAAUAAUACGAAGUUGACGCUUAUCUUAUUGACGAAAUAUGUAUGAAGAUGACUAAAGUAUUUAAGAAUGCUCUAUACCUAUGGCGAGAUUUGAACCCUCAAACUAUGGUUAAGGGUGAAUGAGUACUUUUCACCUCAGCACAACCACUUAAGUUCACUUUUCUUAAAGUUGACAAACUAUUUAAAUCACUUUUGGUACAACAAGUGUUAGUUGAUACCAUUACUUCUUCCAUCAAUGACAUCUGACAUGCUGAACCGAGUUAAGAAACAGAUGAUCCGUCCAUUUUCUACCAUUGGGCCAAUCUCCAGUCCAUUACGAUACCACAUCAAACUGUAGAGACAUUGAAGGGCCCAAAUACAGAAAUUCAGACCCAUUUAUUCAGCACUUCAGCCUACAAAUUGUUUGAAAUUCAUACUGGGCCGUGAGACUUACAUUUCAUCACCGUAGCCCAGCAUUUCAUUUCAUUGCAACAUAGCAAUUUUUUUUUCAUUUCAAACAUGAAGGAAUCGGAUCUCCGGGAGAAGUUCCGAAUCUCAUAAUAAACAAGAUCAGGUUCCCCGUUGACGGAUUCUUCCCCUUUUCUUUUCGUUUUCAGACAAAAAUUAAAAAUAAAAACAAAUAAAGGAGAGAGGAGGAAGAAAACGAGCUUUAUAGAACAUUUUUUUGGGUUGAAGAAAAAGGGGAACUGGGUUUCUCGGAAUUCCGCCAGUUCAGAUUGGGGGUGACGAAGGUGUCGGUGGGGAUCAAGGGGUUGACGGCGGAGCUGUUGUGAGGAGGAGCGAAUUGGUAAUUGAUUGAUGGCGUAUAGGAGGCGGCAGCUAGUUGGAGGUAAGGGUUCUACCUAUGAAGAAUUCGGGAGUCCCUACAAUCCGCAGCCGCCACCGCCUCCUCCGCUGCCGGACGACGUCGAUCAAGGCGGCGGCGGCGCUUCAUCUCCGUCUGCAUCUUCCCUCGCUGCCAAAGCCAUUAGAGCCUCCUCUGCUCAUCGUGACUCCUCUCUCUCAUCUGCAUAUGGUCAGUCUGCCCUUUCCUCUCCGCGUGGCGAUUCCAAUUCCCUUCGAUCUUCCUCUGCUUCUUCAUCUGGCAAGGGGUUUUCCAGCCAUGAUUAUACAAUGAAGAGUUCGAAUGAAUCAAAACAAGGAUUUUGGAAUGUACUUGCUAGGAAAGCUAAAGCGAUUAUAGAUGAUGAUGAUACUCAACAGCCUGAAUCGCCAGGAAGAAGUAACACAUACAGCUCUGGUAGAGCAUCAAGGGGUCAGUAUGAUAUGGCCUACCCAACCCCAGAAAGUCGCCCGAAGAGAGAUAACCCUAAGUUACAGAAGGGAUUAGGUGCUCUGGCUUCUUCGUUUAAUUACAUCAGUGGAACAAUUGGGAAUGCUUUAGAAGAGGGCCUUUCAGUUGUGGAGAACCGCACAGCGGACAUUAUUCAAGAAACACGCAAAUUACAAAUAAGGAAAAAGGGAAAUGGUUCUGUCCCACAGAUCCAGAACUCAACUGCUGGCAAUUUUUCGCAACAACCUAGGGCGCAAACAAAUGUGCAGCCCCAGAUGCAGGCUGACUUAGAAAUUCAAUUGAAGGCCUCUCGCGACGUUGCUAUGGCAAUGGCCGCAAAGGCAAAGUUACUUUUACGGGAGCUGAAGACUGUCAAAGCGGAUUUGGCUUUUGCCAAGGAGCGUUGUGCUCAGCUCGAAGAAGAAAAUAAAGUCCUUAGAGAAAGUCGUGAUAAAGGAGAUCACUCAGAAGAUGAUGAUUUGAUAAGGCUUCAACUUGAGUCUCUUCUAGCUGAGAAAGCUCGGCUUGCUCAAGAGAAUUCAGUGUUUGCACGGGAGAACCGUUUUCUGAGGGAAAUCGUUGAAUACCACCAGCUUACCAUGCAGGAUGUUAUCUACCUUGAUGAAGGUACCGAAGAGGUCACUGAAGUUUACCCUUUCAAGAUACCUUCAUCUUCUAACCUGCAAUCCUUGGGUGGAUCCCCGGCUUCAGUCUCCUUUUCUCCCCCAUCUCCAGUGGCUCCAUAUGGUGCAAGUUCACAAAUGACCCGGGAUACAUCGCCCCCAUCGCAGUCCUCAUAGCCCAGAAAGAGAUCUUUUGAAUCUCUCACCACUCUUAUCUCCUAAAUUCAUGUGCCAGGAAAUCUGGACAGACUGUAAUGCCAUUUGGUUGAUAGCUACAUUUCACACAGGUUUGGAUCUGUAUCAUAUGAGUUAUAACUGUCAACCACCCAUUUGGGGCUCUUAUGUUGGCAAUUUGUAGUUAUUUAUUGAAAAAUUAUAUGUGCAUUGGCUUGUUCUCAAUGUUAGAAAGCCUAGGGAAAAGGGGAAAUAUUCAAGCUUGGAAGUGAUUUCAGAAAACGUUGCUGUGGUUUACACUGGCGCCGUUGUUGAAGAAUGUAUCCUGUUUUUAUACUGAUAUGGUUUCCAAUUUUCUUCAUCUGUGUUAUCCUGUUUUUAUACUUGAUACAAUGAUUUGCAUUUCCGGCGUCUGUGUGCUAAGUGCAUCGUGUCUACGAGUUGAUUUUGGAAUCUCUUCCAUCAUUUGCAUUCCUAAUUGAUGCUUGACAGUCAUACCAUUGUGACAUGUAAUUCUUUCUGCAAUGCAACACAAGUUUGCUCCCCGGGAGAGGGAAGAGAGGUGGGGAGUCGGUGAGCAUAUUUAGUCACAGUGUCCUCUUAUCUAAGGCAAGUACCAUUUGGUGAAAGUGGUCCAGUAUAGUCUGGUGUCUUGCAACUUGAAGAGCGCAUUUAGAGAUGCAUCCAAAGGCGAAAUGGGUUUAUUACUUUUGAUCAUGAGAGGAAGGUGAGCCAGAGGACAAAUCUAUCAGUCUCAUCUCAAAUGUAAAGAAGAAAAGAUUGUGGAAAAGGACAUAUAAGGUCCUGCUUGAUCUCU